UCACCCUAAUUAACAUUUCCUGACCAAUCGCGGACGCGAAGACUUCAAACUUUUCUACAGGGGAAAAGCAGCCAAUGAGGAGUCUGCUUUCUUGAACGGAAGAAACGAAACGAAGACCCCGCCCUGUCGUUCGGCUCCGCCGGUAGAGCAAAUCGAACGCACACCGCACGGCGGGCUGGAGCUGUCAGCUGUAGCAGCAGCAGCACUCUCAGCAGUACCAACCAGCUCGACAGAGACACCCGGAAGGCACGAAAGUCAAUUUGGGAGCGCAGCAUGAAUCGUUUUAAGACCUCCAAAUUCAAAAACACGACACCGAAGGUUUCCAAGAAAGAUGGAUGGAUCAACAAUGUCCAUGCUGGCUCCUUCUCCUGCCAAGGGAACCACAUCAAAGCAAGCUCCAAGCUGGUGGCUUUCAACACUGAUCAGGCUGGUGGUGGGAUGGUGGGCCUGACCACAGUCGACCCUGCUGAUGGCCAAUGGACUGUCACCCAGAUAUCCUGCCAUUCUGAUCUGGUGACUGAUAUGGACUUUUCUCCCUUUGAUGACAGUCUUCUGGCUACUUGCUCUGGAGAUGGAACAGUAAAGCUGUGGCAUUUGUGUGAUCCUGAGAAGGAGCAGCCCAGCAGUCCUGACCUGACCCUUCAGCCAGGUCAGGGCCGACUGGAGCUGGUGCACUUCCAUCCCACCUCCUCAGGCCUGCUGGCUGUGGGAACCACUAAGGCUCCCCUGAUUUGGGACACCAGCAAACAAGAUGUGCCUCUAGCAGCAUUGGAGCAACACAGCGACCAGCUGCAAAGUCUCACCUGGAAACGGGACGGCUCCCUGCUUGCAUCCUCCAGCAAGGACAAGAUGCUGAGAGUGUUUGAUCCCAGAGCCCAGCUGACACCUGUUCAGAGUGCUAAGAGCCUUCAGAGCAACAAGGAUUCCCGCAUCCUGUGGGCCAAAGACGAACUUUUACUGACCACAGGAUUCGAUACGAUGCGAAACCGUGAGGUGAGACUUUGGGAUAGCCGGAAGCUUUCCUCUUCAAUCAGCUCGCUGUCGUUUGGCACCUCCAGUGGGAUGCUGGUCCCUCUGCUGGAUGAUGACACUGGCCUCCUAUUGCUCGCUGGCUUUGGAGACACUGCAGUUGAGUGCUAUGAAGUCUCCGCCUCUGAGCCUUUCUUAACUCAAGUGAGUCACUGCCUGACUGAUGCUUCAACAAGAGGCGUCGCCAUGGUACCAAAACUGGCCUUGGAUGUCCUGUCCUGUGAAGUCAUGCGUGUUCUUCAGCUGACAGACAGCUGCAUCGUGCCCAUCAGCUACCAAGUCCCCCGCAAGAACUCAGGCCAUGAAUUUCAUGAUGACCUUUACCCGGAUACGGUGGGCACGACUCCAGCCAUGUCUGCAGAGGAGUGGUGGCAGGGGGGAAAAAAGCAGGUGGGAAAAGUUAGCCUGCACCCUGACAAGAAACCCAAACCCUCAGCAAAACAAGCACCAGUUAAGAAGGAGCCACCCAGUGGAGGAAAUAAAGAGGAUCAGCCUCGUGGCUCCUCCUCCAGUAGUCCAAUAAGCACCCCCAGCAGCAGUGCUGCCCCAUCCCGCUCUCCUUCCUCUACGUCUGGUCUCUCCUCAGGCUUCCUCCCUAGCCCAAGCCAGAAUGUUAAGGCAAUCCAAAACCUGAUGGGACCAACAUCCAAAUUCCGACAUAUCCAGGGUGCGGUGAUGCACCGGGACAAGCACAUCACCAACAUCCGCAACCUGAAUCUAACCACACCAGGAGAGUGUGACGGCUUCUGUGUGAACAGCCAACGUGUUGCGGUGCCACUCGCCAUCUCAGGAGGCCAGAUUGCUGUUUUUGAGCGCUCUGGGCCAGGGCGGCAGCCUGACUCGGCUCUACCCACCAUCCAAAACUCUGUAAACGUGGCCGACUUGUCUUGGGACCCCUUUGACACACACAGACUGGCAGUGGCUGGAGAUGAUGCUAAAAUCCGGCUGUGGCAGGUACCUAAAGGUGGGCUGAAAGACACCCUGACUGAGCCUGAGCUCGUCUUACAAGGUCACACUGAGAAGAUUUACUCCAUCAAGUUUCACCCUCUUGCCAGCGGAGUCUUGGUGUCCUCAUCCUACGAUCUCACAGUCAGACUGUGGAACCUGGAGAGCGGGGAGCAGGUCAAGGUUCUCACUGGACAUCAGGACCAGGUGUUUGGAAUUGCAUGGAGCCCUGACGGCAAGCUGCUGGCAACUGUUUGCAAGGAUGCGAAAGUUCGCAUCUAUGACCCCCGCAAAUCGACAUCACCUGUGCAAGAAGGACCGGGUCCGGAGGGCCACAGAGGGGCUCGUGUGGUCUGGGUGCUGGAUGGAAAGUACCUGCUGGUGUCAGGAUUUGACAGUCGCAGUGAAAGAGAACUUUACCUGUUCUCUGCUGACUCCCUGUCCUCUGGGCCUGUUGCCAGUACUGCUCUGAAUGUGUCCCCCUCCACACUCAUCCCUUUUUACGACCCUGACACCAGCGUCGUGAUUCUCACUGGAAAAGGAGACACCAGAGUCUACAUCUAUGAGGUGGUCCCAGAAGAUCCAUAUUUUAUUGAAUGCAGCAGUUUUAACUCUCCUGAGCCUCAUAAGGGACUGGCCUUUUUACCUAAAACCGAGUGCAACGUGCGAGAUGUAGAAAUAGCUGUGGGAAUGAUGCUCACCAAGACCACAGUGGAGCCUGUAGUCUUCAGAGUGCCCCGUGUUAAAAAAGAGUUCUUCCAGGAUGACGUGUUCCCAGACACGGCAGUGUGGUGGGAGCCUGCACUCACCGCCGCUGCCUGGCUCUCCGGCUCCAACGGCCAGCAUAAAAAGCUCAGCCUGAAGCCAAAAGACAUGACGCCAGUGAGCGAGGCCCCCAAAGAGGCUCCAGUGAGAAAAUACCUCCCCUCUUCUGUUUACUUGGAGGAAAAAACAGAUGAACAGAAAAAAGAUGAGCUCCUGAGUGCCAUGGUGGCUAAGCUGGGUAAUAUGGACGACCCGCUGCCCCAAGAGUCCUUUGAAGGUGUGGAUGAAGAGGAGUGGGACGAUUAAGCGGAAUAUCAUCGUCUGAUCUUUGCUUAAAGUCACAGUGUCAACGGCAGAGAGGAGAGAACAGCUCAAGAUUUUAUGUUGCCAUUCAUGUUUAAGCGCAUCACCCAAACACCUUCUGAGCAGAACAAACACUGCAGCCUACGAAUAAAAGAAAAUUUACAUUACAACUGAACUU